AUGCCGAGGCAAUGGCAUCAUAUCAGGGCUCAGAUAUCGCUGCUCUUGGAAGGUUCUUACCGUCCAGAGAGUGAGUCCCGAAGCUCACGAUUGAUUUCACUCGCAGCCCACACAUGGACUGUCCCCGAGCCAGACCCAGAAGAAUCUUCACUACUGCGCCAAUCGAAUUCUCACAGCAGCGUGGAAACUGAACUUAGAUACGGAUAUCGACAAGUUGACGGGGCACGGCGACGGAGAUGGAUGGAAGACCCUCUUGAGCCUGGCUGCGAGAUUCCACAUUGUUCAUUAACCUUCGAAUAUCUCGAAAUGGAGUAUGGUGCCGAGAUUGAGCGCCACCGUGGCACCGACAGAGGAUUUCGUGACCAGCGAGUCGAACUAGGACUCCCAAACGGAUUCGGCGCUGCAAAUUCUUCAUUUCGAUAUUUCGAAAUCAACGAUAAAGACGUUAAGUGCUAUGGCCACACAGGGUCGGGAAUUAUUGUUCUUGAUAACAUCAGACGACACGAUGCAGAAGGCACAGUCCAUAUAUCUGAAAUCAGUCUUGCCGCAUACAAAAGGGACUUCCUCAUCCGAACACUGAGGUAUGUUUUUUUUACCGAUGUGGUGAACCAUAACACAUACAGGUUUAUCAGGGAGACAAUUUAUCCACAAAAUGGUCUUGUAUGGCCACAUGACGAGGAAGAUUUCGAGGCCAAUUGUAGGUUUUAUUGGAAUCGCGGUACGCCUGAAUAUGAUGCCUUGUUAGGUACGCGUAUCGGCAGAUUAGUAUCUUACAUCGUCUUGGGUGGAUUUCCCCGAGGUACCCGUCGGAUCUCAAGAAUAUGGACAUGGCCAUCUGUAGGAUGCUACUCAAGCCAUAUGCGAUUUGACAUUGAAGACAUCAAUUGA